CGUCGACGGUUUCCCAUCUCUACCGUCCAACUUUUUUUCGCGUCUCGUAAUUGUGGUAAAUGUCCGCGAGUUGCCCAAAAAGUGAAGAGUUUUAACCAUUCUACCCUGUCGCACACCGUAAAUUGGACCACUGAUUGACGAGAGUUAACCCACAAACAUGGAUCUCAGCGGUCCACAAUCCCUGGGCAACAUUCUCCAGCCCGACGAGCUGAAACUCGUGCCGGAAGACAUCCAAAAGAAGCUGUCUGCGUACAUUGAACAAUUUUCAGAUGAGUAUUGCAAGGAGAGGGCGGCCGCCCAUCGGCUGGAGGAAGCUGAGAAAAAGAGCGAGCAACUCACAGCCGAAAUGGAGGACUAUCUGGUUAAAUUCAAAAACUUUGAACAGAAUGUAUUAGAGCUGCGCACGCAACUGGACCAAGUGGUCGCCGAACGGGCCCAGCUCCAAGAGACCGUAAACAGUUGCGAGCAGAGCCUGACUAGCCUGCGAAGCGAGAAGACCACGGCGAUCGAAGAACGUGACUCGCUGAUGCGGGUGAUCGAGCGUCAGCAGGCUGAGAUGGAUCGUUUGAAACUGGACCUGCACAACUACCAGCAGCAGUUAAACAGCGCCAUCAUGGCCAAGUGCGAGGCAAUCGCCCGUGUGGACGAGAUUCAGAGCAAGGAGAUGGCUUUAGAGAUCAAGGAGCGCCACUACGAGAACGAACGUACCAUGCAGCAGCAAGAGAUCCAGCUACUCAGCAGCGAUCUCAACCGCAGCAACGCUGAGCUGCAGAACAUCCGCCGCGAACACUCGCUGACCACCAUGCAGCUGGAGACUCGUCUCAAGGAGAAGAGCGACGCCCUGCAGCUUCUGCAGAACCAAAACGACGAUAAUGUAAAAGUCAUCGAAGGGCUAAAGGCAAAGAUCGAGGACAUAAAUGACAACGUCUAUAAGCACAACCAGGACAUAGAGACCCAUGUGCAGAACUUGGUGGCAGAAUCCGAUGCUAAGGAGAAGCUAAUCGAACUCUGUAAGACCUCCGAGAAAAACGCCGCGAUCGAACGCGAUGAGCUUAUGCGAGGCAUUGCGGAAAUGAAGCGUAUGAUAAAUACCGCGCAGGAAGAAUACGCCCAGCUGGAGGCGCAAAAUGUGGCUAUUAGGCAGGAGCAUGCUGUCGAGAUGGACGAAAUGAAUAAGAAGAUUGGCGAUUUGAAGAGGGAGAUUGCCGACGCAAACGAGCUGCUGAAGGAAGCCCAGGAACGCACCCUGGAGAGCGCCAUUUGCCAGUUGGCACCCAGUGCUGCCGUGGCCAGUCGCCUUAUGCGCUCCGAUCUGUCUCUGACCGAACUGUACUCGAUGUAUGCCAAGACCAGCGAAGAACUGGAGGUGCGUAACCGCGAGAAUGCACAGUUGAUCCUGCAAAUUAAGUCCAUUCUGGAGGAGGUCAGCGAGAGCGCUCCUUUGGUGCAAAAACAGGGAAGCGACCACCAAAAGCUGACAGAGGCGCAUGCUCUGCUCACCGAGGAACGCAACCAGUUGGCCGAGCGGAAUCUCUCCCUCGAGCAUGAGCUGGAGAGGACUACCUUUAGCCUGACUCAUUGCCAGAAGGAGGCCAAAAAGCUAAAGCAGACGCACAGCGAUCUUAGCCGCCAGGUAUGCAUGCUCCUAGAUGAACUGAACUGCUUGCGGUCCGGAGUGCCUCGCAUACGCCACAGGUCAGAGCGCGACGAACGAAUGGAAAUUACCACCGAUAACCUGAUCACGACUGAGCUGGUAACCUUUGAGUCCAUUCAGGAGCUGCAGGAGAACAAUGUGAAAUUGUUGGCCAUAACCAGGGAACUUACAGCAGUGCUAGAAGAACACGAGAAGGAAAAUGACAAGCUCAAGCUGCAGCAGAGUGAGGAGAACCUGAAGAAGGUCAACGAGCGCUUUGCCGGGCUGGAGGAGGUGCUGGCCCAGAAGAACAAUACUAUCACCACGCUGCUCGCCAAAUGUGAGCGCUACAAGAAGUUUUACUUUUCAGCCCAGAAAAAGCUAGGCAAGAAGGCCGUGGACCUGGACAAUUCCGGCCUGGAUCUCGAUGAAUCAUUACCGUUUGAGACAUCAACGAAAUCCGCAGCCCAACAAGAAGAGGAAGGCAAGCUGGAGCGGGUUGUGCGCUCUUUGGAGCAACGGCUGGAGGACGAGACCAAGAAGUAUGCUGCGCUGAAGGAGAACUACGACUACUACACCAGCGAGAAGCGCAAGAACGAUGCAUUGGCCCAGGAGCAAUUCGAUUCCAUGCGCAAGGAGGUGCGAGAGCUGACCAGUGCCAACUGCAAGCUGAUGAAUGCCACUGAAUUCCAGAAGGAGCAGAUUGAGUUGCUGCACAAAAACAUUAUGACCUACAAGCAGCAGGUGACCACUCUAGAGGAACGCACCAAGAACUACGAAAAGACCAUUAUAAAGCAUGAGCAGACGGUGCUGAUGCUAAAGGAUGAGGUAAUGGCCGCUCAUCGCAAGCAUGCUGCUGCCGAUUCAGAGGCUCAUAGCCUGCGCCAAGAGACCCGCAUCCUCAAGGACACUUUGUCGCGCUUGCAAAUCGAAAAGGAGGCCUACCACCGUGAGCACCAGAGCCAGUCGCUUCUCUUGAACAAUCUGGAGUUCAUCAAGGCCAAUCUGGAGCGAUCCGAGAUGGAGGGUCGCCAGCGUUUGGAACAGCGUUUGGAUGACAGUGUUAGAGAGCUGGCUGCCCAACGUCGCCACUUCCAAGAGAAGGAGGAGAAGUUCCGCGAAACCAUUAACGAUUUCAAGCGACAAACAGACACGGCCAUCAAGCUGAAGGAGGAGGAGAAGCAGCUGGCCGAGAAGUGGCAUGCCGAGUUGCUAAGCCUUCGCGAAGAGCUCGCCAAGAAGGAGAGCCAGGUGAAUGAAUUGAGCAAGAAGCUACAGGAAAGUCUUACACCAUCCCUGAACGAAAAUCCCAUUGCAUUGGCCAACAAACGUGCCAGGGAAUUCGAGCUGAAGUUUGACCAGGCAUCGGUGGAGAUUGAAUCGCUUACCAAGGAGCUGGCCAAGGCUCGUGAGCAUGGCGAGCAGUUCUUCAAGAUGUCGCAAACCGCUGAGAGCGAGAUCAAGCGCCUGCAUGAUAUCCAUACCGAGCUGGUGGCCAGUCAGGAGGCAGAGAUCAAGAAGCUGAGAGCCGCCGAGGAGGAGCUGAAGACCCGCAUCACUGUUCUUGAGGCGGAGUCGAUGCUGGCCAAUGUCACAGAGCAGAGCAAGACCACCAACCAGUCAGAUCAGCUGAAGAUAACUCAAGACGAGUUAAAGAGGGCCUUGGAGAAGCUCACGGAGUCGGGCCACACCAUUGCCACUUUGCGUACGGAAAACUCCUCUCUGGCCGAGUCCCUUAAUGCUGUGGAGAUGAAGUAUGCCAACGAGAUGGUUUUGCACUCUGCGGACAUCCAGGAGCUUACCCGCUUUAAGGCAGACUUCUUCAAGGUGCAAGAUGAGCUUAAUCAGCUGAAAUCUGGUCGCGAAUCCCUGCAAGCCGCCCAUGACGAGCUCCUGCGCUCGAAUGCCGAGGCCCAGAGGCUGCUCAAGGCUGACAGGGAAGAGUCAGAGCAACGUGUGUCGGAUCUGCAUGCCCUGAACGCAAGUUUACACAAUCAAAUUGAAGCCUUGACCUCCAAAAUGACUGCUUUAGCCAGUCGAAAUUCGGAGCCAAAUACUUCCUUAAAUGAGUCGGCGAUGGAUGCUGAUCAGAGCCUGAAUGCCUCUGCCUCUGCCCUUGACAGUGCCGAGGAGGUGAGAAAUAACCAGCAGUUGCUUCUGAUAAUCAAGUUCCUGCGCAAGGAAAAGGAUCUAUUCGCUGCCAAGCUGGACAUUCUCAAGGCGGAAAACGCACGCCUGAGCACGGAGCACACCAUUCAACAGAAAAAAAUGGACGAAUUGAAUGGCUAUCUGAAUCAAGAGCGUGCCAAGAGCCAAACCGACGUGGUGUCGGCCACCAAGCAUGAGGAGGUGCUGCGCAAGAUCGAGACCCUUAAUGCCAUCACCGAUAGCAAUCGUAUUUUGCGUGAAGAACGCAAUGCCUUGGUCCAGCGCGUCACCGAGCUCACCGAUCGCAUUAGCAGCCUGGAGAAGGAGUUGUUCCCGCUGCAGUGCAGCAACAAGGAGCUGUCCUCGAAAAUCGAAGAGCUUAAUGCUGAGACCAACUCUCUGCGCACCGAAGCCAUCAAGUGGCGGCAGCGUGCAAAUGUCCUGGUGGAGAAGAGCAACCGUAAUCCAGAGGAGUUUAAGAGGCUGCAGGCCGAGCGGGAGCACCUGGCCAAGAUGCUUACCACCGAGAAGGAGCUGAGCAAAAGACAGCAGGAGGAGCUAGCUUUGCUGAAGCAACGCCUGGAAACCGAGAUUCCCUCGCUGAACAAGAAUCUGCAGCUGCUGGACGAGGCACGCAAGAAGCAGGCCGAUGAGUCCACCAGCCUUAAGCAGAACAACACACGCCAGACGCAAGAUAUCAUGGAGCUGAAGAACCGCCUGCUGCAGAAGGAGGAAGAGCUUAUGAAGGCCAACGAGGAGCUGGAGACCAAGGACAAGACCAUUGCAGACAAGGACACCAAGGAGCUGCAACUGCGCAAGCUGGCCAAGCGCUAUAAAGACUUUUACAUGGGUCUGCAGGCUCAAGCUGGUGGCUCGGAGACCGUUGCCGAGCAGGAGAAGAUUCGCGGCGAAUUGGAAGAGGUGAACAACCAACUGAGAGCUUUAAAGGAGGAGCACGAAAAGAUAACCAAAGAGAACGAAGAGUUAAAGAAGCGCAACGAAUCCGACAUGGACACCAAUACUGUGCGCCAGGAAUACAAAGCCAAGUUGGAUAAGCUGGUGGUGGAUCUUACCGUGGCUCGAACGGAUUUGGCCAACCAAGAGACCACAUUUGCGGGCACCAAGUCCUCCUACGACGAGACCAUUGCCCGCCUGGAGAAGGAGCUGCAGGAGAAUAUAGCCUCUAAUAAGGAGAUUAACCAGCGACUGACCCGCGAGAAUGAAUCGUUGCACAUGAGAAUCAAUCAGCUCACCCGUCAGCUGGGCUCGCAGCAAUCCACCAAGCCAUCGACCAGCUCGGUGGCCGAAAAGGGCAAUAUCUCCGAGAGCUCGCCCCGCACUGCCAAUGUGAAGCCCAUGUCGGGAUCAGCCACGGUGCAACAGUCAGCUACGGUGACUCCCUGGCGUGGAGGCGAGACUCCGCUGGCCAGUAUCCGUCCCAUUUCGGUACAGAAUAGCCGCACGGCUGCCAUUCUGCCCACCAGUCAACAGCCCUCGGCUGGUUCCAGUACAUCCACUUCCUCCUCAUCUUCUUCGUCGUCCUCGACUUCCACCACAUCCGCGGCAGCCAGCGGAGGCAGCUCGGCGGCGGCUCAGACCGCUCUGGUGCCACCUCAACAGCAAGUGCACACCACUGGCAGCGCUGCCCUUGAAUCGAUGGCCUCCUCUUCGCCCACAUCCUCGCACACCGAUUACAUGCCAUCGACCAGUUCCGCGGCCGUGGCAGUGGCUGCCAUUCCACCAAUGGGCGCUUCCUCCGCUGCAGAGAGUUCCCAGGAGGCGGAAAGCAUUCAGCAUCCGCAACAGAAUGAUGCCCAGUUGUUUGUGGGUGGAGCCCAGCAGCAGGUGGUGGCUCUGGUGUCACCACGUGUCGAGGGUUCCUCUUCGUCAUCCAGCUCCACAUCCGCACCGAAUGCCACGGCACCGAGUGUGCAGGAUGCCGGCAAUCAAAGCCAGCAGCCCAGCACUUCAGGCAGCAGCAGCAGCUCCUCGACGGUGGUAAGUAGCCACAGCAGACAUACCCCUUCCAGCAGCAAUGUGACCACCACCCAGGCUGGAUGCUCCUCGGUGGGUAUUAAGCGUCCGCGCGACGUUGAGGGUGAUUCCUCCACCACCAAUGAGGAGGGCGUGCCCGAAAAGAUGCCCAAGAUGACGAAGCGGCUGCGCGGCCCAAUGCACAGUGGAGAGCUAUCCGCUGGACACAUUGGCGACUCGGGCAUGGACGUGGAUCAGAUGCCGACUUCAUCCCAGCGCGAUCAGGAAGAUGAUAUCCAGGUGGUGGACUCUGACGAUGAAGAGGAUGUCCUGGCCGAUGCCGACGAUGGUCCCAUUGAUGGCGGUGAGGCCGAGCAGGAAGUGUAUGAGGAUUCCUACGGGCAGGACAAUGAGAUGGAUGACAAUGAGGGAGCCGAUGAUGAUAACGAGAUAGCUGCCGAUGCCCAGGACAAUAACGAGGUGGACAUUGAGGAGGCUCCCGAACAGCAACUGCAGGCUCAGGAAGAGAGCCAGCUGCUCGAUAGUCAGGCUGUGGCGGCAGUGCCCACCUCGGCGGCAUCUGCCUCGGGGCAGGAGAAUAACCAGAGCCAGGCCAUUAGCAGUGGAAGUGGAGAGUCCUCUAACCCAGUGACUCUGCCGCAAGUUGAUGCUUCAAACUGGAAGCAGGCAGCCGCCUCCACAUCCUCGGCAGCAGCUCGGCGCUCGGAGAGCUCCAUGGAGAUUGUCAGCUCGCCGCAAGUUUCCAACUUCAGUGAACAGCCCGCCCGCUUGGACUCUGCCGAAGUCGAUGGAACCGCGGUGGCCAUGGAGGGUGCUCCGGACGAAAGUGCAGGACCCAGCGAUAACAGCGCUGCCGCUGGCAGUUCACCGCAGAAGCAAGGAGAGGCCGGAGAAAGCAGUGGUAAUGAUGCUACCAGCAAGGCGGCGGCGGGUGAGAGUGAUCAAGCUGGAGGUGCUGAGGAAGCCAGUGAGGCGGAUGAAGCAUUCGCCGAGGAAACAAUGGCUUCUGGGCAAGGCGAAGACUCGCAGCCGCUAGGAAGUGACAAUCCUAAUGUGGGCACCAGUCAGUCUGAGGUGUCCGAUAACCAGUCCAAUCCGGCCGAGGGCAAUCCCACCGAGGACAGCGAGGGCGCAGACGGUGUCUCCUCUGAGGGCGAGAAGCAGGCGGUGGGCGUGGAAGAGGAGGGUCGCGAAGCAGAGGCCACCUCACCGUCGGAGAACACGCGUUUCCGCACUCUGCGCAGUGCCGUGCCAACACGUCGUGGAAAUCGCACCAUGAUGCGCGGCGGCCCCUCCAACAAUCCCAACCGUCCGCAGCGCAUCGUCUGGCAGCGAGAGACGUCGCCGGGCAAUGUUCAGAGGGAUCAGCCGCCAUCCACCAAUCGCGUCUUCUCACCACGAGCCCGCAGUCGGCGACCCAUACGUCGCCCAUCGCCUAAUAAUUUCAACAACGGCGGACGCUUUCCUUAGACGACAAAAGUCCGCUGCAGGCUGACUAUAAUCUUUUCAGUUACUGGGCUUAGAAAUAAGGCUCCUCGCAUUUAACUAUUAUUAAGCUUAUUACUCUCCUAUAUAUAAACAUUCUCCCAAUCAAAGUUCGCUAUCGCCAAGACGCAAAGAGCUUCAGUUCUUGUACAUUAACCUAACUAUUUAGAUUCAAGAAUAAAUGUAUAUCUAAUGCUCAUAAUGUGAA